AUGUCAUCCUUGCCAGAGCCCAGUCAGGAGAUCUCCAGCUGGCUGUCUAGCAUUCACCUGGGCCAAUACGGUGGCUGCCUUGCCCAGGCAGGUUACCACAGCCUGGAGGACUGUUGGGGUAUGACGGAGGAGAAGCUCUUGGAACUGGGGGACUUCCCUACGGGACAUAGGCGAAGGAUCCUACGCAGCCUGGAGGUGCUUGGGGCAAAGGACCAGUUAUGUGAAGCACACAAAACGGGGGAGGUGAAAAAGAAGCCAGUGCCCAGGCCAAGGAAGGUCUUCCACAAGGACAGGAAGCGAGGGACUUCUAGCCGCUCACAAUCCCAAGGAAAUGGUAAGAGAGACAUUCGGGAUGGGAGACAAACGCUUCCUUCAAGGGCCCUCCAGGGGUCGGAUAGUGCCGAUCAUGCAGAAGAGCAUGUUGCUCAUUGCACGAUGCCCCGCCCAUCUCCCCACCCACGGCCCAGUUUGAAAACUCACAACUUCUCAGGGACGACCUCCACAGGCUCUAGCUCCGCCUCCAUAAACAGCAGCAGCGAGUCAUCGUUGAUCUCCUCCCACUCGGUAGUGUCGGAUGGCGAGGGCUUCCCUGAGGGGCCGGCUCCGUCUUCUCCAAACCACGAGGGGUUAGCGAUAACAGACAGUCUCUCGGAGGAACCCCCUGAUAAUUUCCACGGUGAGAUGGUGGAGAAUGAUAUAUAUGAGAGGUAUGACACUAAGGUUCCAAGAGGGCCCAGGCCAACCCGGUCUUACCGACUACGCCACCGGCCUGUCCCAGAACCCCCCCAACGCUUCACCAUCAUGCCUCAGGACUGGAAUGUGCAUGAAACGAACUCCCCCAAGCAGGUGGCUGGGGUGGAGGGCUCCAGUGGCACCAGCACCGUGCCGAAAGCUCCUCUUGAGAGAAAAUUGUCUCCUAUUUCUCCCUAUGGCGAGAUCUUCCUUUACAACAACCCUGAAAACAAACUGGAUUUAGGUGCAAAGGAAAUGUUCAAGCAAGAUUUGAAGGAGAAGCUGAAACAGAAAAGAUUACGAAAGAAACAGGCCAGGUCAAAGGGAAAGGUGGCUGAUGACAAGACUGAGCAGACAGUUCUGAAGCCCACUUCCACGCAGCUUCCGUAUGACGACGGCUACUCUACAGUGCAGCCUCAUGCACUGAAUGACGCAGAAUCGGCCUAUGAGGUUUCGACAAGCUUGGCCCUGCCCCUUCAGCCCCUCCCUGGCUCCUCACCCGUAUCAACAGUGACUAUCUGCCAGGAUUACUCCGAGCCAGCAGACGCUCUGGGCGACUUUGCUCACCCCACACCGCCUGUCCGCAGCGACUUCUCCAUAUCACCAUAUGCAUGCUUUUAUGGCCCCGCCCACAAGAUGCUCAGAUCCGGUUGGCUGGACAAACUCUCACCUCAGGGAAACUGUGUCUUUCAGAGAAGAUGGGUGAAGCUUGAUGGGGAAAAUCUCACAUACUACAAUAAUGACAAGGAGAUGUACUCUAAGGGGCUGAUUCCAAUCUGGGCUAUGAAGGAGGUGCGAGGAGUAGGGGAGAAUAAGUUGGAGGUGGUCACCUCCCUCAGGACCUUUGUGUUCCGUGCAGAGAAAGAAGGAGAGAGGCAGGAUUGGCUUGGGACACUGCAGACUGCACUUCGUUCUCCGUCCUCCGUUACCCAGAGGCCCUGUAAAAACAGCGUAAACAGACGGGGCUACGCGGAGCUGCGGGGCCAUAAAGGCAGGGUCUACGUGUGUCUCUCAGGAACCACAGUCAGACUGUGCAAAACUGAACAGGACUAUAACGCAGGCCUGGCCAUCACGGUGGUGGAUCUGAUCGCUGCCAGUGUCAAGCAUGUCGACAAGAGAGGCUUUGAGAUCACCACGCCCUUCAAGAGCUUUUGCUUCACGGUGGAGUCGGAGCGAGAGAGGGAGGAGUGGAUGGAGGCGGUGCAGGAAUCGAUCGUGGAAACGUUGUCUGAUUAUGAAGUUGCGGAGAAGAUUUGGUUUAACCAGUCCAACAGGAAGUGUGCGGACUGCAGGGCCGCCCAGCCUGAGUGGGCCUCCAUCAACCUGUGUGUCGUCAUCUGCAAAAAAUGCGCAGGUCAGCAUCGGUUCCUGGGCCCAGGGAUCUCUCAGGUCAGGAGUUUGAAAUUGGACAGCAGUCUGUGGAGUAAUGAGCUGGUGGAGUUGUUUUUGGAGGUUGGGAAUGAGAAUGCCAACAGUUUCUGGGCAGCUAAUCUUCCACCAGAGGAGGAGCUCCAUGCUGGGGCAUCUAUGGAGCAGCGAGCGACCUUUCACCGCAGGAAGUACCGAGAGAGGAAGUACAGAAAGGUCCUGGAAGGUCUUACUAACCAGGAAGAGCUGAACCAGGCACUGUGUGAAGCGGUAGUCACGCCUGAUGUGCUCCGGACUAUGUCUCUGGUGUUCAGUGGAGCAGAUGUUAUGUGUGCGACGGGACACCCUGAACACUCAACUCCAUACCUCCUGGCUCAGAGGGCAGGCCAGAGACUUCAGAUGGAGUUUCUCUACCACAACAAGCUCUCAGAUUUCUCCAAGCUGGAGGUGGCUUGUGACAGUCGUUUUCCAGCUGAUAUUCCCUCGUUCAUGGAUGGAUUUCUCUACUGCUCCGUCGGCUCAUCCAAAGCCACACCCGACAAGAAAGGAAGAGACGACAUGGUUCGGCGUUGGUGCACCCUGGAGGGGGGGUUCCUCAGUUACUAUGAGAGUGAGAGAAACGCCACGGCAACCGGUCGUGUAGACAUCCGUGAGGUUGUGAGCCUGGCCAUGAGCAACACAGAGACAGUUACUGCAGCCGGGGCAGUGUUCACCUUUGAGAUGUAUCUCCACUCAGAGAGAGUGCUGUUUUUUGGAGCGGAGACAGCUGACACACACAGGGACUGGGCUCAUGCUAUUGCCAAGUGUUUCAUCCCUGAUAAAGCAGAGGCCCUUCUGAGGCGAGACUGUGAGCUGAUUGGCUGGCUGUACUACAAGGAAGGUCAUGAUUUGUACCAUUGGAGGAUAGGCUGGUUUGCUCUGGUGGGCUCAGAACUGCUCUUCUGCUCCGGAGAGGAGGACACAGCUGAGGGAGAACUGCAGCUGAAACGCCUGCAGGAGCUUACCGUUUCCACGCAGGUGGAAGGAGAAGAGAGGAUCCAGGUCUUGCUUAUGGUGGAGAGUGGAAGAACUGUUUAUAUUCAUGGUGUCAACAAGCAACAUUUUGCACUCUGGCAUUCUGCGAUCCAGUUGGCUGCAGGGACAGACGGCAGGGCACUGGCCAACCAGCAGCUCAGUAAAAACAACAUCCCAAUCAUCAUAGACAGCUGCAUAGCUUUUGUCACCCAAUACGGGCUCAACAGUCCAGGGAUCUACCAGAAGAACGGCGACCCGAUCCGCGUAGCCCAGCUCCUGGACGACUUCAGAAAAGAUGCUCGAAGCGUGAAGCUCCGAGUUCAGGAGCACAUGCUGGAAGACGUGACCGAAACGCUGAAAAGCUUCCUGUCCCAGUGUGACGACGCCCUACUGGCCAAGGAGCUCUAUCCUUACUGGGUCUCAGCACUAGAUGACAAGAAUGAGAAUAACAGAGUGGAGAGAUACUCUACUCUCAUCCAGAGUCUGCCCAAAAUCAAUAGGUCAAGUCUGGAAGCACUCCUGCAGCACCUCUUCAGGAUCCAGAGCUGCUCCAGUGCCAACCAGAUGAACACACACAACCUGGCGUGUGUGCUCUCUCCAUGUCUGUUUCAGACGGAGGGUCACAGUGCUCAGGAGGUCCGUGUGGUAGAGGAUCUCAUCAACAACUACAUCCAGGUCUUCUCUGUGAAAGAAGAGCAAGUCAGGCAAAUGGAGAGAGAAAACUGUUUUAUUACGAAGUGGAAGCACACCGCUUUCUCUCAGGCUGGAGACCUGAUCUUUGAAGUGUAUUUAGAAAAAAAGGAACCAGAAAACUGCUGCUUGAUCAAGGUGUCUCCCACCAUGCACUCUGAUGAGUUGGUUGACUGCACUCUGGAGAAGAAGAGUGUGAAGUCUGAUGCUCCGUCACUGUGGACCACGUAUGAGGUCAUAGAGAACGGAGAGCUGGAACGUCCUUUACACUACAAAGAGAAGGUUCUGGAACAGGUCCUGGAGUGGAGUGUGCUGGAUGAUCCUGGUUCUGCUCACCUGAUCAUUAAACAGUAUACCGGACCCAGACCAAGUGAUUCCCACUCAGAAAAUCUUAAGACCUUUAUGAAAGGUGAACACCUGAAAUUUAAAGAUGACUCCUCCAAAUUGCUCUCCGCUCACAAAUUCCAGGACCGAUACCUCGUUCUACAAGACAACAAACUGCUGCUCUAUAAAGAUGUGAAAAACACCAAACCAGAGAAAGAGAUCUCUUUGGGACUGGUGAAGUGUUACCUUGGCGUGAAAAAGAAGCUGAAACCAACAACCAGUUGGGGUUUCACUAUUUACACAAAAAAACAGCAAUGGUAUUUUUGCUGUGAAGGAAAGGAAUCGCAGCUUGACUGGGUGAUGUCCAUCAUCAGAGUCAAGAAUGGCGGGGACCUGUGGCCCAAAAACAAAGGCACAUCUCAGCGGGGCAGCAGAGAUAGAGCGGCUUUGUACAAAGGACCUCUGGGUGACAAAACCCAACACAACAAACAGUCUUACAGAAAGUCUGACCAGGGCAAGAGUUCCCAGCCAGUCAGGCCGAAGAGAGAAGGCGAGAGCAGCCACCAAAACAAACCCAAACCAACCUCCAACAUCUCCUCAAACCCAAAACAGGAGAAAGAGGAUUCCCAUCCCAGACUCAAAACAGCUUCUUCCAAUGGAAGAAACCAACUCAGUUUACCCAUCAGUGGCCGAACCAAACCUGACUUGAGUAGCAGAAUUGUUUCCAGUGGAGGAAUCCGGACGGAUUUAAGACCGGAAAAAUCUGACUCAAAUUACAACUCGGAGGCUAGACGGACACCUUCUCCCCUUCCAGACAAGGGGUCUGUCACCAAAGGAAUGCAGAGGAAACCCAUGCUGGGGUGUGGGGGAGCACAGAUGCCCCAAAACCUGCUCAACGAACUGAACUCAGUACUCAGCAAGACAAGACAGCCCCCCCAGAAAGAGAGCUGA